AUGUGUGAUUACACAACAGAUACCAUGGCCGCCAACAACCGACUGACCCAGGCAGCGCACAUCAUUGACGGAUUCCACACCGUGAUGCGAGCCCACCGUAAGGAAGUACAGAUUGUUGUCACCACGGCACAGCCCCUAGAUUCGUCCAGCGAGACUGCCAUAAAGAAGCAGCUGAAACAAUUUGUGCAAAAGGGAGAGACCCUUGUUCUUGAUACCAAGGUGGACAGUAACCUUCUUGGCGGACUAGUAGUUGAGAUUGGGGACAACCGUGUAGACCUGAGUAUCGCCACUCGCAUCAAGAAUGUCUGCAACGAGCUUCGCGCCUCCAUCUAA